UAAUUACAGGUAAACCUUGACUAGAAUCUCUAAUUGUGGAUCUUUGGAACGCCAUGCGCGGCGGUUCCAGGCUGGACAAGCUGCUGUACCGCGACCCGGUGGAAAUGUGGCUGUGGUCCGCCACGAAGCCUGUCAACUAUUUCAGAUACGCUAAUCAAGCGUCCAGCGACAGUCGGUACUCGGCCGCGGCCACCAUCGGUUACGGGUUGAUCCGGGACCGGCGUCUACACACGAACACGACGCUGCUGGACGCCGCCUCGGGCGAGGACGGCUCGGCCGACGAUGGCGGCCCGGGUGGGACAACGGCCCUGAACAACUAUUGGGCCCUGUUGGCCACCGUGCUGGUGUUUGGCACGGCCGCCGGUAACAUUCUGGUCUGCCUUGCCAUCGUGUGGGAGCGGAGGCUGCAGAACGUCACCAAUUACUUUCUGAUGUCGCUGGCCAUUACCGACCUGAUGGUGGCGCUUUCGGUGAUGCCGCUUGGAAUACUGACACUGGUGCGAGGCUACUUUCCACUGCAGUCCGAGUACUGUCUGGUGUGGAUCUGUCUGGACGUGCUGUUCUGCACCGCCAGCAUCAUGCACCUGUGUACCAUCUCGGUGGAUCGAUACCUGUCGCUGCGGUACCCGAUGCGAUUCGGUCGGAACAAAACCCGGAAGCGGGUCGUGCUCAAAAUCAGCUUCGUCUGGCUGCUGUCGAUUGCGAUGAGCCUGCCGCUCAGUCUGAUGUACUCGAAGAACCACGCGUCGGUGCUGGUGGAGGGCACGUGCCAAAUUCCGGACCCGGUCUACAAGCUGGUCGGUUCGAUCGUGUGCUUCUACAUCCCGCUGGCCGUGAUGCUGAUUACGUACACGCUGACCGUACGGCUGCUGGCCCAGCAAAGUCUGGAGCUGGGCGGCGGCGGUGGAACCGGUGCCAGGUGGUCCAGCGGGUGGCUUGGCCAGGCACCGGCCCUGGACCGGCGUAACACCUGGAAACGAAUCAUCAAGCUGAGCCUGCCGGCGACGCCCAAUCACGCCCACUCGGCCGCGUCCACCGACACCGAACUGUCCACCCUGGACAAUCACGACCUCUGGCUGCUCGAGUCCAGUAUUCCGGAGCCAACGCCCACAACGAUGACCGCCCUGCACCAGUUUGGCGAGGAAAUGCUGAAACUCUCGCGGGGCCUGGAAACCGUGGCCAAGGCCGGGGAGGCCUCCUCAGUGGCCAACCGUGCCAACAGUCCGGGUUUGACGGCGGUGACGGACGGGAAAAAACAUCCCUGCAGGAAAAAAUCCUCGACGCCGGCCGCGGUUCCGCCGCCGUCGCGGCCGCUCGUGCCCAAGAAGCGGCGCAGUUCGACGUCGGCGUGGAUCAACCGGCGGAACUCGGUGACCCCGCCCUCGACGACCGCCCGGAAGCGCUUCAAGAGUUUGCCGUUUGUGGUGCCACCGCCGGGCGAUAGCGCUGGGGACGUUACGGUGGACGACCUGCUGCUGCAGGAGGCAAUCCGGCGUUCGAGGGAGAGCCGCCGGACGGAGGACAGAGAGACGACGACCACCGACGACCACGAGGACAGCAGCCGAAGCGAGACGACCAGUGAGGGGACGACGACGAACGUGACGCUGCGGUUGCCACCGCCCUGCAAGUGUCCCUAUUUUGGCGAGAGUUGCAGCCAGCAAAAGUACGAAAGCAUCCGGCCGGCCGAGAUCAAGAUCGUCAAGACGACGUCCAACUUUAGCUCGAUCUCAAACUUUGAAACGCAGGUCUACAGCAACAACGUCUCGACGCGGUCCACGUCGAGCAGCCUGUCGACGCUGCCCGCUUCGGCGCUUGUUUCGCCGAGCAAGAGCAAGUUCAACAACCUGAAGGGCGUCUCGGUCGUCACGUGGGACUCCCGGCGGCACCAGCGACGUGGUUCCAGCUUCGGUGGCGCCCGCACCUCACUGCUGUUGACCCCGACGAAGCCCCCAGCCGUUUCCCUGCGUCGAUCCGCUACCCUGCGGAACCACUCCGAGGGGACGCCGUCGAUUGUGGUGGGCGGUCCCGGUGGAGUCCCCGGCAGUGCGUCGGACUGCCGGAGUCCGAAGAAGAACAGCUCGACGCCGUGUUUGCUCCAGCGGCAGACCACGAUCCGGUCGCACCACUCGCGCAACUCCAGCGUCAUCUCGCGGAACUCGUCCCGCCACGGCCGCAUCAUUCGGCUAGAGCAGAAGGCCACCAAGGUGCUCGGGGUGGUGUUCUUCACCUUCGUCAUCCUGUGGGCGCCGUUCUUCGUGCUGAACCUGCUGCCGAGCGUGUGCCAAGACUGUGAGGCCCGGAUUGCCCAGUGGGUGUUUGAGGUUGUCACGUGGCUCGGCUAUGCCAGCAGCAUGGUCAACCCAAUUUUCUACACCAUCUUCAACAAGGCGUUCCGGGACGCGUUCAAAAAGGUGCUCCUCUGUCGGUACGGCUCGAAGCCGGCGUGGCAACCGCCGAGCAGCUAGCAUCACGCCGCAGUACCCCACGCCACAACCGUCACCGUGACGCGGCCCAUGGCCAACGAGUCGGUCUAACUACACAUAAACAGACAGUAAUGACACAGUAAUAGAACAAUCAACACGCACUAUUUGGAGGAAAACUUGGUGUUUCAUUGUUGCAAAGUAGUGCGAUAGAAACUUUUGGAGAUGUUGUUGUGUAUUAGAGCAAAUCAGAGUAAAUGUUUACAACAGAUGAUAUUUGAACACUU